GCAGAUUUGCAAGCAACGUGAGUACCUCACAUACAUGGCUAACCUGAAGAAGCUACUAGCUAUGUUUGCUCUCUUGAUGUUCUUGUCACACCUCCGUGUCCAUGGCGUCUCCGUGUCCGUGGGUAGUAGCGCGAAUGUUACUACAGAGAGCAGCCACAGUCGCGGCAGGUGCCACAUCAGUGGCUUCCUGCAUGGUAAAUCCGGCGACUGCAAAAGGGAUCACGGCUCGGUCUGCUGUAAAGACGGUCACCGCUACCCGCGAUUCAGGUGCUCGCCCCCGGUGUCGGCCGACACGCCAGCGAUCCUAACUCUGAACAGCUUCGCACGAGGUGGAGACGGCGGCGGCAAAUCGUUCUGCGACAACCGCUUCCACAAGGACACCGAGCUGGUGGUGGCGCUGUCCACGGGGUGGCUGCGCCUGGACGGCAAGCGCAGGUGCAACAAGAUGAUCCGCAUAAACGGGAACGGGCGUGCUGUCCUGGCCAAGGUCGUCGACGAGUGCGACUCGGUGUACGGCUGCGACGCCGAGCACAACUUCGAGCCACCGUGCCCAUACAACGACGUAGACGCGUCACCAGCCGUGUGGAAGGCGCUGGGGCUCAAGGAGGCGAUUGGAGUGUUCAAGAUCACAUGGUCUGAUGUGUGAGCUAUGCCAUGAAGACCUUGC